AAAAUGCGGGUGAUGAUGCUGGCCAUGGGGCAGGUGCUGCUGUUGGUCCUGGCGAUGGCAGUUGCCCAGGAAUCUAUGCUGAACGUGUGCAUGGAUGCCAAGCACCAGAAAACCAAGCCUGGACCGGAGGAUAAACUGCAUAAACAGUGCUCUCCCUGGAAGGACAACGCCUGCUGCACACUCAACACAACUCAAGGGGCCCACGAUGAGACCUCCUACCUGUACAAUUUCGACUGGAACCACUGCGGGACCAUGUCGGAUAGAUGCAAGAAGCACUUCAUCCAGGACACCUGUCUCUACGAAUGCUCCCCCAACUUGGGGCCCUGGAUCAACAAG